CCAAAAAAACGUCAAUGAUGUGUCAAAAAUAUUUUUAUCGAAAAUAAAGAAAAGAAAACUUCGAUUUUAAAGAAAUACGAAAACAAAAUUUAAAAAGAAAAUGUUAUUAAUUUCAAUUUAUUAAAUUCCCAAAGUUAAAAUAAAACCCUAUAGUUUAAUUCCAAAACGACAGUAAAAUUAUCAGAAAACAAAUAAUAUCAAAAUGAAACACUCCACAUCUCCAACACCAUCGUUGGCUCCUUCUUAUGCCAGUGGCGCAGGAAGCUACUAUUCCCGUGGAACAUCACCUCUGCCACCACCCGUAAAUCAUAAUCGUGAUUGUCUCUCAGCCACAACAAAGAGUUACAAAUAUCUACGAAGAUUAUUGAAAUUCAAUCAAAUGGAUUUUGAAUUUGCUUUAUGGCAAAUGAUCUACCUACUCAUUGCACCACAAAAAGUUUACAGGAAUUUUAAUUAUAGAAAACAGACAAAAUCCCAAUUUGCUAGAGAUGACCCAGCAUUUCUGGUUCUUCUUUUAAUUUGUGUGUGUGUGACUUCUCUUGGUUUUGCCUAUGUCCUUGGUUUAAGUUUCUGGCAAAGUAUCUCAUUUAUAUUCUAUGUCGUGUUUGUUGAUUGUAUCUUUGCUGGCUGUUUGGUUGCAACAUUCUACUGGAUUGUCACCAAUAGAUAUAUGCGUGCCAGCAAUCUUGAGCCCGACAUCGAAUGGGGAUAUGCAUUCGAUGUUCAUUUGAAUGCCUUCUUUCCGCCACUCAUGUUGUUGCACUUUAUUCAGUUGUUCUUUUACAAUUGGCUCAUCAGUCAGACGUGGUUUAUUUCGCGAUUUAUUGGUAAUACCUUUUGGCUGUUGGCUUUUUGUUAUUAUAUCUAUAUUACCUUCUUGGGAUAUAAUUGUAUCCCUCAUUUAAAAAACACUCGGUUAUUCUUAAUUCCUCUUCCCAUUGUGUUUUUGUUCUAUUUAAUGACGAUGAUUAUUGGAUGGAAUGUAACGGUAUCGUUUAUAAUGUUCUAUAAGUAUAGGUUGUACUGAUGAUCGUGAUGAUCGGAAAGGAGAGAGUAUAUAAAAAAAUAAAAAUUUGUAAAUAGAAAACAAGGUUUUCUCACGAAAUUAUUUAAACAAAAAUAAAAAAAUUAACAAAACGAAAA